AUGGAUGAAUCUACAAGCUCCGCGGGGAGCCUGUGCUUACUCGCGCUUGUGGUGGGCUUUACUAUCCAGACUGUUUACCGGCUGUUUUUCCACCCUCUUUGCAAGUUUCCAGGCCCAAAACUGGCGGCGAUUUCUCAUCUGUACGAGUUCUACUACGAUGUGAUUUGCAACGGUUCUUAUCUCUGCAAGCUUGAGCAAUUGCAUCAGAAAUAUGGGCCAGUCGUACGAAUUAACCCGCGUGAACUUCACGUCAAUGAUCCUUAUUACUAUGAACAAAUCUAUGCAGGCAGCUCGCGGGUCCGAGAAAAGGAUCCCAGAUUCAUUGGCGUGUUUACUACACCGUUGCCGAUGGUUGCAACCGUUGGUCAUGAACACCAUCGGCUUCGCCGCAGCCUCUUGAGCAGCUACUUUUCGAGACGAUCCUUGAAGAAGGCCGAAUCGGUUAUCGAACAAAAGGUAGACCGCGUGCUUGUCCGCUUUCGCUCCGCCUUUGAAUCUCAGGCAGUCAUGCCUCUACACCGUGUUUUUGCGGCUCUGGCAGCAGAUGUAGUCUCAGAGUACUGCUACGGGGCGAGCCAGGGAUACCUGGAGCAGAAAGUCUUCCAGAAUCAGAUGAUUGACGCAGUCAAUUAUGUCAUGUCCAUGUGCCAUAUCAACAAGUUCUUCCCUAUCAUGCCCAAGAUCCUUCGUUGCGUGCCGAUCGGACUUAUGGAGAAGUUGGGCCUUCAGAUGGCCGAUGUCAUCGCAGUGAGGAACCUGAUCCGUCGACAGGCGGCGAAGUCUCUUGACAAGGAAUCGCUGUCGCAUGACAACGACAUGCUCUCGAAAAAUGUGUUUGAUGCUCUAGCUGUCGCCGAUGUCCCACCACAAGAGAAGACGCUGCGUCGCCUUGAAGAAGAGGGUGCGGCUCUCUUCGGUGCUGGUAUUGAGACUACCGCAAGAGCCUUGACAGUUGCCAUGUUUCAUUUGAUCAGUGAUGAGACUAUGAGAUGUAAGCUACGCGACGAGCUCAAACAAGUCAUGCCUACUCCGACCAGCCGACCAACCUGGGCCGAGCUUGAACAAUUACCGUAUUUUACCGGAGUGAUUAACGAGUCCCUGCGGCUAUCACAUGGACUGGUGGCUCGGUCUCCUCGCGUUGCACCUGUCGAAUCAUUAGCAUACGGUGAAUACAUGAUCCCACCUGGCACACCCGUGAGCCAGUCGGCCUACUUUGUCCAUAUGAAUCCCCAGAUUUUCCCUGAACCGGAAUCGUUCAACCCUGACCGAUGGGUCAAAGCCGCUGAAAAUGGACAAUAUCUGAACAGAUUCCUUGUUUCAUUCUCUAAGGGAAGUAGGCAAUGUCUAGGAUUAAAUUUGGCCUAUGCCGAACUCUACUUAACACUAGCGAGAAUCGUUCGUCUCGUUGAUAUGCAACUUGUGGAUACCACCAUCAACAAUAUCCAGGUUGGACGGGACCUUGGCCAUCCAGCCCCGAAGUCUGGUAGCUUUCAGGUUAAGGCCAAAAUCAUGGAGAUUAUAGGUGAUUCUUAG